GGUGGGUGACAUUAUACCGUCAAUGCGCACAGCUUUCAGUAUUCUGGUUAGCUGGUUCGACAUCCUCUCGGAGACCACAUGCAACUUUCUCCGAGCAUUUUGAUGAUUACAUUUUGCAGCGCAGCCUUUUAUUUAACGUCUUGAACUGAAACCGAUCGACGAUGUCUCUCAUUGAGGAAUAUGAAGAAGGGGAAUACGAGAGGGCACCCAAGCGUCUCAAGACGAUAGAUGUUGAGGAAGGAGAUGAUAUGGAGGAAGGGGAAGACUCGGAUUCAGCAUCCGCCGGGCUGCUAGGAGACGAAGAGGAUGCAACCGGGUCUGGCGGGGAAAACCGGGCCCGGUGGUCAGCAUCUAAUUAUGUAUCUGGAAGAAAGGACAAUGGGGAGGAUGCCCACAGGAUUGCCCCCUCUUCAGUGGUCCACGUCCGGGGCCUCUGUGAGUCUGUUGUGGAGGCGGACCUGGUGGAGGCUCUGGAGAAAUUCGGCAACAUCUGCUAUGUGAUGAUGAUGCCCUUCAAACGCCAGGCCCUGGUUGAGUUUGAGGGUAUGGAAAGUGCUGACAAGUGCGUAGCGUGUGGUGCUAACGAGGCUGUCUACAUUGCUGGCCAGCAGGCCUUUUUCAACUACUCCACCAGCAAGAGAAUCACCAGGCCUACCAACUCAGACGACCCCAACAGUGGCAACAAAGUCCUGCUCCUGUCAAUUCAGAACCCACUCUACCCAAUCACUACUGACGUUCUGUACACAGUCUGCAAUCCCAUAGGCAACGUGCUACGCAUCGUCAUUUUCAAACGCAACGGAAUCCAGGCCAUGGUGGAGUUUGAAACGGUUCAAAAUGCCCAGAAGGCCAAAGCUGCUCUCAACGGAGCCGACAUAUACGCCGGCUGCUGCACCCUCAAGAUUGAAUACGCUCGGCCCACGCGACUCAACGUCAUACGUAACGACAACGAUAGCUGGGACUACACCAAACCCUUUCUUGUCAGACGAGAGCGAGGAAAAGGGAGGCAGCGACAGGCCAUACUAGGGGAACACCCUUCCUCCUACAAUGACAACGGCUAUGGAUCACACUGCCCCCUACUGCCCUUGCCAAGCAACAACAGGUACAAGAGGAGCUCCCACGACAUGCCCGAAGUGGUGGCCUACCCGCUGCCCCAGACCUCGUCUUACAUGAGCCACACCUCCAGCUCCGUCGCCAUGGUGAGCGGCCUGCAUGCAGCCAAGAUGAACUGCACGCGCAUCUUCAACCUCUUCUGCUUGUAUGGGAACAUCGAAAAGGUUAAGUUCAUGAAGAGCGUGCCCGGCACGGCGCUGGUGGAGAUGGGAGAUGAGUAUGCGGUGGACCGAGCCAUCACACACCUCAACAGCAUCAAGGUGUUUACCAAGAGGCUGAACGUCUGUGUGUCCAAGCAGCAUGCGGUCAUCCCCAGCCAGGUGUUUGAGCUGGAGGAUGGCAGCAGUAGCUACAAGGACUUCGCCAUGACGCGCAACAACCGCUUCAGCAGUGCCGGCCAGGCGUCCAAGAACAUCAUCCAGCCCCCUGCUGCCGUGCUACACUUCUACAAUGUCCCACCCUGCGUCACACAGGACCAGCUGCAGAGGUUAUGUACAGAACAUGAUGUACCAGCAUUCAUCAAAUUCAAAGUGUUCGACGCAAAACCCAGCUCCAAAACCAUCUCAGGAUUAUUAGAAUUUGACAACAAGACGCAUGCAGUGGAAGUUCUAACAGUCCUAAACCACCACCAGAUCAGAAUACCAAAUGGCUCAAAUCCAUACACCCUCAAGCUCUGCUUCUCCACCUCUUCACAUCUUUGAGGCCACACAUCCUAAACUGCCACCGUGCUAUCCUGCUGUUUGCCAGAAACACGUGGAAAGGAGAAUCAAAAAAAGAGGGGGACACCAUAAAAAGGGAUAGGAAGCAAGUCAGGACAGAAUUUCGUUAAACCAAGAAUGCCAAGGCAAACAAAAAAAAAGAUGUAAGAUCAUUUUUUGGUUCCUACAUCUGAACAAUGUCAAUGGAUUAUAGUUUUUUGUGUUUAGUUUUUUCCCAACUUGUUUACAUGGACUACUCUGAGUAGUGGUUGAACUGAUGGUUGUGUUCAAGAGGAAAGACUGAAAAGAGAACAAAAAAAGCCCCAUAAGGCGGCGCCGUUGGACGCUACAGUGGAUCUGAUGUUGUUUUUGUUUUGUUGUGCUGACCUGACAAGAACCGAAUAAAGACCUCUAUCUUUUUUGUGCCCUACUCCACUGAUAAAAGACAAAGUGACUUACCUACAUUUCAUUUUUCAUUCCUAAGAUGAUGUCAAUGGCUGGUGGCCAGUGGUGCAACUUUCAGAGCAUUCUCAAAGUUGAAUCUUGUGAUGAGCGACCAGCGUUUUUUCUGGAUAGUUUUCCUCUGGUGGUGGUGUGCCACUAUCUACAAAACAGCUUCCACAUUUGCUAAUUUUAGCUUGGUCAGCUAAAUCCAAAACAGGCCAAAUGUAUUUUCAAGUGGUGGAAAUAUCACUUCGGAAAACACUGGUACAUUAUGAAGAUGCGUGUGCCUAACUCUGCAAUAGAAGAGAUUACUCAGUGCUUGUUAAAGACAAACCUGUGUUUUAGAUCACAGUAUAUUGUGUAUAUAUAUGUAUAGCAACUUGACUUUUUAAGGUGCACUUAAACAGAAUUCAAAAGCUCAUUUGCAGUUGAAACACGCGCUGUGAACGAGCAGAACAUUUAAGGCCUCACCAAGUGCAUCCGUAAUCUCUAUUUGUGUCUACGGUGAGCUGUGCCACUUAACAGUCUCAUCCACAGGCCAGUAUGAAACUGUGUUCAGGACUGAAUAGAACAUAGAAGGUUUUCAACAGAGAUUUGCUCUGUCAGCAGAAGUGUACCAUGUCAACAGAAGUGUACUCUUAUCAAACAAGAGUGUGCGUGCUAAGUCUCACACUGACCUCCGUUACAAGCCAUUUCUUACGAGGGUUGUGUGUUGUGUGUUCCCACUUGUCCGUGUUCCUAUGUUUGUACUAGGCACAUGACCAAACCACAUCUGAAAGUCCACUGUGAGCAUGUUCAGUCAUUAAAACAUUUGACAGUCAAUAGAC